AUGCCCGUGGUUCGAAUAACCCCACCCACCCAGACUGUUCUGAAUGGGACUAUUGCAGAACUAGUGUGCGACACCACAGCUGGUACACCACCAUUCCUCUUCUCGAGGUUCUUGUCCUCAACUGAUAUCACGGUGGGCGUCACGAGCAACACUACGACGUCCACACUGCUGGUUGAUACGGCCAUGAUGCAGACUUGGUCCCGUUCCUACACAUGUAGGGUGACGCUGGAUCAACCACUCCCAGCCAAUCAGCUUUCUGGAACGGACGUCGGCACUCUGCUGACGGACUUCCCACCCGUGGUCUCGGUCAAUGACGUCACUGGAGUCGCCAGUGAACGGAUUGAAAUCGUGUGUCGCGUCCUCAGCGAUCCACCACCGGCGUCGAAUCAAGUCGUUGUGGUAUUGAGCAGCGGUAUGGUGGUGGGACCUUUUUCAAUUUCCUCUGCCAGUGGGACGCCACGCACUACUAUCUUUUCUUUCCAGAUCCAGACGGCCGACCCAGCCCUUCAUGCAGGCCCGGCAGUCUGCCGCACCAGAGUAACUCUUGAUAGCGGAACAGAAGAGGUUAACGGUUCCUUCAACAUCGCUUUUCUCGUCGUUAUGCCCGUGGUUCGAAUAACCCCACCCACCCAGACUGUUCUGAAUGGCACCAUUGCAGAACUAGUGUGCGACACCACAGCUGGUACACCACCAUUCCUCUUCUCAUGGUUCUUGUCCUCAACCGAGAUCACGGUGGGCGUCACGAGCAACACUACGACGUCCACACUGCUGGUUGAUACGGCCAUGAUGCAGACCAGGUCCCGUUCCUACACAUGUAGGGUGACGCUGGAUCAACCACUCCCGGCCAAUCAGCUUUCUGCAACGGACGUCGGCACUCUGCUGACGGACUUCCCACCCGUGGUCUCGGUCAAUGACGUCACUGGAGUCGCCGGUGAACGGAUUGAAAUCGUGUGUCGCAUCCGCAGCGAUCCACCACCGGCGUCGAAUCAAGUCGUUGUGGUAUUGAGCAGCGGUAUGGUGGUGGGACCUUUUUUGGUUUCCGCUUUCAGUGGGCCGCCACGCACUACUAUCUUUUCUUUCCAGAUCCAGACGGCCGACCCAGCCCUUCAUGCAGGCCCGGCAGUCUGCCGCACCAGAGUAACUCUUGAUAGCGGAACAGAAGAGGUUAACAGUUCCUUCAACAUCGCUGGUCUCGUCGUUAUGCCCUUGGUUCGAAUAACCCCACCCACCCAGACUGUUCUGAAUGGCACUAUUGCAGAACUAGUGUGCGACACCACAGCUGGUACACCACCAUUCCUCUUCUCAUGGUUCUUGUCCUCAACCGAGAUCACGGUGGGCGUCACGAGCAACGCUACGACGUCCACACUGCUGGUUGAUACGGCCAUGAUGCAGACCAGGUCCCGUUCUUACACAUGUAGGGUGACGCUGGAUCAACCACUUCCGGCCAAUCAGCUUUCUGGAACGGACGUCGGCACUCUGCUGACGGACUUCCCACCCGUGGUCUCGGUCAAUGACGUCACUGGAGUCGCCGGUGAACGGAUUGAAAUCGUGUGUCGCAUCCGCAGCGAUCCACCACCGGCGUCGAAUCAAGUCGUUGUGGUACUGAGCAGUGGUAUGGUGGUGGGACCUUUUUCGAUUUCCGUUGUCAGUGGGGCGCCACCGACUACUACCUUUCGUUUCCAGAUCCAGACGGCCGACCCAGCCCUUCAUGCAGGCCCGGCAGUCUGCCGCACCAGAGUAACUCUUGAUAGCAGAACAGUAGAGGUUAACGGUUCCUUCAACAUCGCUGUUGAUGUUCUGUUACUGGAUGGAAGUGGCACGGUGUUCCGAACAAUGUACCGCGAGAACCAGCUUGCUCCCACCAUUCUCUCACUGCAGCAUUCAGCCACUCUGGUUGGAGAGUCAGCCGCCUGCCAGACGUCCAUAGAGCUAACAGCGUCUUCUGGCACCUUGGAUGAUGUGGCAUUCGAGAAGAUCUUCCCCACCAAGGCGGUGAUGUCACCUAAUAUUAUGAAGACAUUCUUACCGAGACAAUUGGUGUACACGUCAACAGAUGGUAUGCCAAUCUCGACCGAGGACAUCUUGACCAUUGUUCAAAACACGGAGUACGCGAACACUCGCGACGAAAUAUCCAUGGCCGACCGCGUGGUACUUUGGGAACUUCGAGACUGUGAGAGCAACGUCAUAGCGACAGCAGAAACAUUCAUUGGAAUCGAACGUGUCAACGACAACCCACCUGUGGUGAUAUUCAACAUUUCUCCAGGCAUCGUAUGACGAGCAGAAUAUUAGCUAAUGCCAAUGAUGUAAAAUUCAAGAAUUCGUAAUAUUUGUGGGCCGUGCUAACUGGCAUCCACCUCUCUACAGCAUUUUACCUUGCUAUUUGUGUUACUGUUUGCAUGCAAUGGGCGUAGUUAAAUCGCUACUCGUGGAGUUCGUCAGCAGCUACUUCGAAGUAGAUUCUUUCUUUAUUCUUUCAAUAGCUAUCUUUCUCUAAUUUUCACUUCCAGUCUCUGUCUCUCUCUCCCUCUCUCUCCUCUCUCUCUCUCUCUCUCUCUCUCUCUCUCUCUCUCUCUCUCUCUCUCUCUCUCUCUCUCUCUCUCUCUCUCUC